UAUUUGUACAAACUAAAAAAUUCAUUAAUCAUGAACGUGCAGGAAUUGCGUGACGGGUCUUCUCUAUUACAAGCUAUAUUCUUUGGAGAUGUAGAUGAAGUCAGAGCAUUAUUAUCAAAAAAAGAAGAUCCAAACUGGCAAGAUAAAGAGCAACGAUCUCUUUUGCACGCAGCUGCAUAUAAGGGAGAUCCAGCAAUUGUGGAAGUUCUCUUAUUGCAUGAAGCUGCAGUAAAUGCUAAAGAUAAGAAAUGGUUGACACCUUUGUAUAGAGCCUGUUGCUCAGGGAAUCAUAAUGUAGUAGAAGUCUUGUUACGUCAUAAAGCAGAUGUCAAUAUCAGGGAUCGCAAUUGGCAAACUCCUUUACAUGUAGCAGCAGCAAAUAAUGCUGUUCAGUGUGCGGAGUUGAUAGUUCCACAUUUAAUGAACAUUAAUGUAGCAGACAGAGGUGGUAGAACAAGUUUGCAUCAUGCAGCUUACAAUGGACAUUUGGAAAUGACAAAAUAUCUGACUGAAAUUGGUUGUGUAGUAAAUGCUUCUGAUAGGCAAGAUCGUAGAGCUUUACAUUUUGCAGCAUACAUGGGACAUGAUAGAAUUGUUAAAACACUUAUAGCAAAUGGAGCAGAUGUAGAUGUUAAAGAUCGAGAUUUGUAUACUCCUUUACAUGCAGCUGCAGCAUCUGGUAAUGUAGAAUGCAUGCAUACAUUGAUAAAAUCUGGAGCAAAUAUUGAAGCAAAAAAUGUAUAUGGAAAUACUCCUCUGCAUAUUGCAUGUUUAAAUGGCCAUGCUGAUGCAGUUACAGUAUUAAUUGUCAAUUCUGCGAAUGUUGAGGCUGUAAAUUAUCGAGGUCAAACACCGUUACACGUUGCCGCUGCUAGUACUCAUGGUGUUCAUUGUUUAGAAGUACUUUCACAAUCUGGUUUGACAAUAGAUGUUCAAUCAGAAGAUGGGCGUACACCUUUACAUAUGACUGCAAUUCAUGGAAGAUUUACUCGAUCAAAGAGUUUACUUGAUGCUGGGGCAUUGCCAGAUAUUAAAGAUAAAAAUAGAAAUACUGCUUUACACGUUGCUGCUUGGUUUGGUCAUGAAUGUUUAACAACAACAUUAUUAGAGUAUGGUGCAUCUCCAGCAGCGCGAAACGCUGAACAGCGUACUGCAUUGCAUCUUAGUUGCUUGGCAGGACAUAUUGAGGUCUGUAGAAAAUUAUUACAAGUUGAUAGUCGUCGUAUAGAUACAAGAGAUAUCGGUGGUAGAACUCCAUUACAUUUAGCAGCAUUCAAGGGCUCUGUUGAUUGUUUAGAUUUAUUAUUAUCCAGUGGAGCCAAUUUUCGAUUAACCGAUAAUGAUAAUAGGUUAGCACUUCAUCAUGCUGCUAGUCAAGGUCAUUACCUAUGCGUUUUUAUUUUGGUUGGAUUUGGAAGUGAUUCUAAUGCGCAAGAUAUAGACGGUGCAACUCCUUUACAUUUAGCCGCAGCAUCAAAUCCUACAGAUUCUGGUGCUCAGUGCGUGCAGUAUUUAUUGAAGCACAAAGCAGAUCCCCGUUUGCGUGAUAAACGAGGUUUCACUGCUAUUCAUUAUGCCGUAGCUGGUGGAAAUCAACCAGCUUUAGAAGCUUUAUUAGAAGCUUGUCCCUCAGGAAAUUUAACAGCUUCAUCUAGUUCUACUACAGGAAAAUCAGAACCUCCAUUACCUGCGCUAACACCUUUACAUCUUGCUGCAUAUCAUGGACAUAGUGAAAUACUAAGUUUACUACUACCAUUAUUUUCCAAUAUUAAUAUUAAAGAAGAUACUGGUAAAACAGCAUUGGAUCUAGCUUCAUAUAAAGGCCAUGAAAAAUGUGUUCAACUUUUAUUACGAUACGGAGCUUGUGUAUCGGUACAGGAUUCUAUUACAAGACGUACUCCAGUACAUUGUGCAGCGGCAGCAGGUCAUUUUAAUUGUCUGGAACUUCUGUUGGAAAAUGCAGAAGAUCCAAAUGUAGUCAAUUGUUACGAUACAAAGCAACGAACUCCUUUAACACUAGCAGUAGCGAAUAGCAAUCCAGAAUGUGCUUUGUUACUUUUAAAAUAUAAAGCUGAUUGUAAUUUACCAGACGUAAACAAACAUACGCCACUGUUUCGAGCAGUAGUUAAAGAACGCGAUCAUCAAUUAGUAGAGUUGUUAUUAUCACAUGGCGCACAAGUAGCGAUACAAGAUGCAAAUGGUAAAACACCAUUACAUUUAGCUGCUGCAUGUGGAAGAGUAAAAGCCUUAGCUUCUCUUGUCAAAGCUCAUCCUGCAGCUGCCACUUUAAAAGAUGAUCAAGGAUGUACCGUUCUUCACUGGGCUUGUUACAAUGGAAACUCGAAUUGUGUGGAAUAUUUAUUAGAACAAAAUGUAAUUGACUCGUUAGAAGGUAAUCCAUUUUCGGCUGUUCACUGUGCAGUUUAUCAGGGUUCAGCACAUUGUUUAGAAUUAUUAAUAAAUAAAUUUGGAGGAAAAACGGUUACUGCUCCAAGAGAUGUUCCAGGUGGUCGAUUACCAUUACAUGUUGCAGCUAGUUCGGGAUCUGUAGAAUGCGCAAAACUGAUACUAAGUUCUGUCGGACCUGAAUUAGCUGGACUUGAAAUUCCAGAUUAUUCAGGUCGAACGCCUCUUCUUUGUGCUGCUAUUACGGGUCAAUGCAGUGCUAUCGAGUUAUUGCUUGAGUGGAAAGCUGAUGUGCGUGCUGUUGACUGUAACAAAAAUACAGCCCUUCACUUAGCUUGUCAAAGACGGCAUUCUGCUGCUGCUUCACUGUUACUAAAUUGGAUCAAUUCGCUUAAUACUAACGGUGAAAAUACACCACAACAACAGCAAAGCAUUGCCGUUAUUAACAUGACCAAUAAACAACAAAGAACUCCAUUGCAUUUGGCAGCGAGAAACGGUCUUGUGACGGUAACACGACGUUUAUUACAACUAGGUGCAAGUGUUGUCGCUGUCGAUGCAGAAGGUCUUACACCUGCCUUAGCUUGUGCUCCAAAUCCGGCUGUUGCACGUUGUUUAGCUACUAUUCUUGCUGCACAUGGUCAAAAUUGGGAAGCUGCACAACAUUCACCAUCAAUUCAACAAACAUCAGAAGUGUAUUUGAAUGGCAGAAGUGGUGAUUCACAACACAGUUCAGAUUCAGAGUUUUACUGACAGCAGGCAUCACGCUUAGAUCAUCAAGCGUUCCAAAACUCAAACGUCGACUCGAUGCAUGGAAACAUUGAUGCUGCAAGAUUAAUUUGGACAAGCUGCUGGUUGUUUUCGAUUUUAACAUAAUGUUUCUACAUAUAAGAGAACAAGCUCAUCAAGUACGGCAAAUCAGUGUUAAACGAUCAUUCAUUUGCAAUUGUCAGUCUCUUAAUAAGUAAUAAUGACAAUACCUCUAUUUGUACCAUUAACAUUUCGAUAGAAUUGCGAACUGCCAGGAAGGGUACAGUAAUAUGUGUUUAAACAUUAACUAAGAGAGCAAUAACAUUAGGCUUAAAAGAAGUUAUAUUAUUCAGUAAGCACAAGUAUAAUUAGAUACAUUAUACCAAGAAAAUAUAUCGUUACUUUUGCUUUAAUGUCAUAAUUGCAUGCACAUAUAUGCUCCUGACACUAUGGUCAACGCGUAAAUGUGUUUGGUACAAAAAUGAUUUGUAGAUGAAACAUACACAUUCACAUAAUGAAUUGCUAACAU